AUGCACCCUCCAAGAAAGAAAAAACCUCUCUAGCAAUACACACCAAACUGAGCAUGUGCAGAGUGUCUCCACACAUAUGUCUUAUCAGGAGAUAAGGGGGGGGGACACUGGAAGGAGGGGGGGGAUCAGAGAAGUCAGGAUCAAACAGCAUUUUUACACCAUGCAGAGGAUAAACCCCUUAGGUUCCACAGUGAGUAUAACAAGCAUGCUUUACUGCCAGGGGUGGACUGACAACUCAUGGGGCCCCCGGGCAAUAGGGGAUCAUGGGGCCCUUGUGUCCUCGCCCACACCCAAAAAAGCCUAU